UAAUGAUCCCUAUUGUUGCAGACGCGAAAAUAUAGUUAAAUGUUUCAUUCAACUCCAAGGGAAGUUGCUGGAUUUUUACCAGCUAGGGUGGAGAGUUUUAAGCUGUCGUCCCUGUCCUUGGAGGAGGUGAGUAAGCUCCUGGGUGAAUAUGGUCAGCCUACAAUAGUUAAGGGGGCUGUCAUGUUUUAUAUAAUGAACAAACUUGUCCUUUUAUAAUGAACAAACUUGUCCUUUUAUGUAAACCUGUCAGAAGAGAUGGACCUCUGCAUAUCGACCUACAGUCCAAAAUAGGAGCAAGCACCCUAGAAUGACAACAUUGCUCCUAAGUUAAAGAAACUGUUGUCACCCUAGGAUAAAGUGUUGCAUUAUCAGAUCACUAACUAAAAAUAAAGAAAAAAAAAAUGAAUGGAAAAGUAAACUAAUGCUGCCAUCAAAGCUAACGACUGGUAGGAAGCAAUAUGGGAGAAAGAGGAGCAAGUUUCAUGUUCCCUCAUACCUGGAAGUACCAGGCAUUUUAUGUAUUUCUGAGCAAGGUUACAAGAGAAAAGAAGUGUGUAUGAUCCUGAUGGGGCCACAAUUAAAGUAGACCUGUUGCCUGGCAAAGCAUGAAUACUGUUGCGAUUUAACGAUGAGGUUUCUUUUCACAUAGUACUUGGUUACCUUUUGGGGAAAAAGCAAAUAUCAGCUCUUAGUAUGCCAGUGCAGCAUUUAUAAUUUAAGAAGUUUUUAUAGGUUUUUAUUUGUACAAAUUAUACUACCGUUCUUGUAUAACUCCCUACACUAGUCUUGUCCAGUAAAUUGCUGGUGAGCUUAACCACAUUCCAAUAAAAAGUUUGUUUUUAUGCCUAUAAAUAGGGUGGCAUUUAUUUUUUUUCAGCAGCAGCUCUGUUUCCUGAAAGCAGAACAUACUAAAACAUGUAAUUAAAGGCUGACAAUGACAGGAAGAGCUAUCCUGGGGAGCGGGCGGUAGGGAAAAAUUCACGGGAGAACUGGGGCUGGCCAUGUUUUAAGAGCAGGGAGUGAGAGUGAGUCCAGGAGGUGUGCAAUGACUGAGGGAAGUUUAUAAGAUGAGUCGUGCAAAAACCACAGUGUGCAUUUAUGAAGGUUCCAGAAGACGGAACAGGGUUUGUUUACCAACAGCGCGAAUGUAGGAAGUUCUUCUAUUCAGAAUAUCAACGUGGAUCUAGAAAACAUCAAGAGGAGAGAUUCUUCUCAGAGGUGGCAGCCUGUCCCUGGAACUAAAGCAGCUAUGUUGGUGAAAGUGAAUAGUCUGAGACAGAUGUCCGUGUCAUCUUCCAAUUCAUCGCUACAGAACAGUAUACCAAAGAAUUCCAUAAGCCGGCCCAGUGGCUAUGCUCAGGUUUCACCUUCUUCCCUGCCUGCAAAACCUUUUGUGGAUCCGAAGCAAUCCAUGCAAGUUAAGAAAACAGACAAUGGUGGAUUUUGCCUAGUUUUAAGUAAAGGAGCCACUUGUCAGACUCCACAAAGGACGCCUACAGGUACAUUACAGCCCUCAUCUCCCCGGUAUGGAUCUCCACCACCCAUCUAUGAUGAGCCCUCUAUAGACUCUCCAAUUUAUGAUGAGCCUCCUGCUGAUAUGGACUUUGAGAGUAUUACAAUACGCUCUCUUUCUCCUCCGGUAUCUCCAACAAAUAGCCUUCAGAGCAACUCGCAGACACCAAAGCUUCUGCCCUAUCCAGGCCUUCAUCAGAAUAAGCACAAGCGGAACCCCUCUGCUACAGAAUACAGCCCAGCAGGCAGAGAGUACAUAAAGCACAUGGUCAAUGUUGACCAGUCAUCGAACAAGACUAUCUCUCCUACUGGCUCUCUUGAUAUUCCAACUAAACAUCACCCUGGUCAGUUGGCCCUUAAGGACAGUUUCAAGAAUUCUUGGAGGGUCUUGGAAGCAAAUGUACUGAAGAACAUGGAAGCCCACCACAAUCGGCAAAACAGCCUUCCUCAAGACUACCCAACGGUGGUAAGCCAGCAGGACUCUGGUUACUCAACGGGUCCUUCUCCUAGUUUGAGGAAAAGAAAGGGCAGGAGACAGGGCAAUGCUCAGAUAAGGCCUGGUUCAGUUGGCAGCAGCAGUGAACUUAACGCGCUGAACGAAAAACUUAUUGCAGAGAUGAGGUCGGUUGUCUGCAGGACUGCUGUUACUAGGGGCAGCAAGGCUAGUUUGGACACAGACAUGAUAGAAAACAUUGCUCCGGACAGUAACAAGGUGCGGUUUCAAGAGUCCUUAAAAAACAGUUUGGGGAGAGGGUCAAGGGAUGAUGUCACAGCCAGUAGUAGGUCAUUGUACAGACCAGGAAUAGAGGUCAGAGACAGCAGUAAAGCAGAAAUAACUGUACAGUCUGAAAUGAUACGACAGAAACGUACGUACGAGAAGAUGGACUGCUUGGAGAAGAAAGUCACCAGCCAAACAAGUCUCCUGUCAUCAGAGUCCAGUAGAACCAUGUCUCAGAGUGGCACCCUGGAGACCAAUCCAAGCUGUGAAAAUCGCAGAACGGCGACAUUUGGCCCCAGUUAUCAACUCCCUUACACCACUUUGAGAAAACCACUUUCUCAAACCAGCAUGGUGGACUGGGCCUCGAAGAACCUUAAUAUGCACACGCAGGGCAUCUUCCGGAGGAGAAUCUCAAUUUCCAACAUGCUAUCUUGGAAUGGAGGCUCUAUCAAGAAGCCCAUGUUAAUCACCAGCAAUCGGGUUAUCAAGAAAGAGGCUUGUGAGGUGUUUAAGCUGGUGCAGAUAUACAUGGGUGACCGCCAGGCCCGGACAGACAGAAAUGAGGUGGCUCUAGUAUUGGUCACCAAGUGUUGGACCUUGCAGGGAUUGCGGGAUGAGCUGUACAUGCAGCUGGUGAGACAAACCACCAACAACAUGACAUACAAGAGUUUGUCCCUGGGAUGGGAGCUUAUUGCCAUCAGUCUGAGCUUCUUUUCUCCAUCUUCAAAGUUCCAGUCCUACUUGGAAGGCUACAUCUACCGUCACCUGGAGGAAGCAAGUGAUCAGAACAUUCACCAGCGGAUUCAGGAAGCCGAGGAGCUAAAGUCUAAGAAGAAUUCCAAAUCUCGAAAAAAGAGGAAGCAGAAUGUGGAAGAAGAGGAAGGUCUGCCUAUCAGCACCUAUGCCAAAUACUGCUACCGAAAACUGCAAAAAGUUGCAAUUACCGGAGGAAAGAAGGGUCUGAGGAAACCAACCCUAGAGGAGAUAGAACAAGCCCGAGAUGCCAUCUUGACACCCUCACUGUUUGGGAGCUCCUUGGAGGAGAUUAUGGAGAGACAGAAGUCGGUGUAUCCUGACCGCCGUCUGCCCUGGGUACAGACACAGCUCUCCCAGCAAGUGCUGACCCUGGGUGGGGAGAGGACCGAAGGAAUUUUUAGGGUACCUGGAGAUAUCGAUGAGGUGAAUGCACUGAAACUUCAGGUGGAACAGUGGAGGAUACCAGACAGUCUCGCGGACCCCACCGUUCCUGCCUCCCUGUUGAAGCUUUGGUAUCGGGAGUUGGAGGAGCCCCUUAUCCCCCAACAGUUCUACAAACAGUGCAUCACCAACUAUGAAAACCCCGAUGCAGCAGUGUCUGUCGUUAAACAGCUUCCGGAACUGAACCGGCUGGUGUUGUGUUAUCUCAUCCACUUCCUCCAGAUCUUCUCUCAGCCUUCUAAUGUGGGUACCACCAAGAUGGAUGUGAACAACCUAGCUAUGGUCAUGGCACCCAAUUGUCUCCGCUGCCAAUCGGAUGACCCCAGGAUCAUCUUCGAGAACACCAGAAAGGAGAUGUCAUUCAUCAGAAUGCUCAUUGUUCACCUGGACACAAACUUCGUCAGGGGUUUAUUCUGAGAAUAAAAGGCGGUCCUGUCUUGUC